AUGAAUCCUGCCAAGGCCGACAAUGGUGCUGCGUCCGAAACUCCCAAGUUCACCUACACCACUGCUGGCACCAUCUUCAACCCUGACAGUGUUCAACCUAUCCAGGCUCCCACUCGCCGCUCUCGUACUCAGAAAUGGGGAUUGAAUUCUGUUGCAUCUUCUGAGCUCACCUUCCUACCAAAGUCAAUUAUCGCCAGCCUGCCGCUGAGCAGUAGUCUCGCGAGAAACAGUGUUCCCCUGAACUCUAGCCCUGUCAUUCCUCAUUACUCGCCUCUGCAGCAGAACUACGACCGAGCCGUCAGCCCCAUUUUCCCCGACAGAAGCUCCGGGCCCCCGUCUCCCGCUGAUAUGAAUCCUGCCCAGAAACGGCCUGACAGUGUGCCCGUUGUCUUGUCGGAGACCACCACCGGCAUCGGCAAACCCGUUGACAUGGUCGAGAGACUCGAGGACGACCUCGAUGAAGACAUGUCGGAAGAUCCAAUCACCACCCUCACCGUCAAGUCACUGAACAGCCUGGCAUCGUACCCGAACCCGAACCAGCAGAAGGCUCAGAAGGCUCUUCGUGCUCGUCCUGGCGCGCGGUCUGCCGCCUCCAACAGCGGGAAUACCCUGACGGACCGUUCGGCUACUCCUUCCUUUGGAACUUUCUCUUUCAGCUGCUCUGAGACUGGUCGCUCCACUUCGCCCACGACUCUUCGCGGCGUGCUGGCUGGUGGUUCGAUGAUAUUUCCUCCCGAAGGCAGGCAGCGACAGACCGGCCCGGUCAGACAAGUCACCAGCCUCCCUUCCGGCUUCGACACUGUCGAUUUACAGGGCGCCAACAACUCGUUUGACGCCAACGCUGUCUACCGGCCGGAUCUCGGCACCGGACCGGGGGCCCCGAAGCCUCUCACUGCUGGACCGCCCGGGCAGCGUCAGUAUAAGGUCACCAACAGCGACACAGCCCUGCGAAACCCUCCUAACAUCACUCCUCACAAGUUUGUCGUUGCCGACGAUGACCCUGCUGCUGUCGAGUUCCGCGCUCUCCUACAGAACACUAACAAGUUGGCGGCAACUGAAACACUGUGCCCGGCUAAUGCCAGCGACGUCACCACUUAUUCAUCUGGCGAGGGCGAGCCGUCUUUCCAUGGCGUGUGCGAGGCAUUGGUCCCCGAGUCAGCUCGGGCGCCAGCCCCUGGUGCGCAGAUCGUCAAGCCGCCCACGCUGAAGGCCAGGAUGAAGAAUACUCACACUUGGGACACCAGGUGCUUUGACGAGGUCAAGCAUUUUUACCCUCGUGGAGGCCCUUCAUUCCAGAACUUCACCGAACUUGACUCGGAUUGGCAGACUGUGUACCCCUUGCACCCUGCUUGGCAGUCAAAGGAGGGCGUCUUCCAACGAUCCGAAAUGCACAUUCAGCGACGUAACGACGCCGUCCACCGUCAAUUCUAUGCCGGCGCCGGCGCCUUCGAGAAGUCUGUCGAGCAGCUUGCCCGUGAGGCGGAGAACCGUCAUCACCAAGAGACUGUAGGCGUUAUCGGACAAGGUCGCCCUCAUCGCGUUCAGGUCAAGCAAGGAAAGCUGGAAAUUCAUGAAGCAAACGAAAUGAGCACUGCCGAAGCGGCCAAACCAUUCCUGACCAUGAUGCUCACAUCCAUGAUCAACGGCAUGAAGAAACCGAGAGAAUGA